CAGACGCGGCGGCGGCGGCGGCGACGGCAAGGCAGGCGGCGGCAAGGCAGGCGGCAGCCCCGGGAGUGGCAACAUGAGCGGGCUGCAGAACGAUGACAGAAGGCAGUUCCUGCUGGAGCGGCUGCUGGAUGCAGUGAAGCAGUGCCAGAUCCGCUUUGGAGGGAGAAAGGAGAUCGCCUCAGACUCGGACAGCAGGGUGACCUGUCUGUGUGCCCAGUUUGAAGCCGUCCUUCAGCAUGGCAUGAAGAGGAGCCGAGGAUUAGCACUCACGGCUGCAGCCAUCAAGCAGGCCGCAGGCUUCACCAGCAAAACCGAGACAGAGCCCGUGUUCUGGGUCUAUGUGAAGGAGGUCCUCAGCAAGCACGAGCUGCAGCGCUUCUACUCCCUGCACCACAUCACUGCCGACGUUGGCCGAGGCCGGGCCUGGCUGCGCUGCGCCCUAAAUGAGCACUCCCUCGAGCGCUACCUGCACAUGCUGCUGGCUGACCGCGCCAGGCUCAGCACAUUCUAUGAAGAUUGGUCUUUUGUAAUGGAUGAAGAAAGGUCCAGCAUGCUCCCUACCAUGGCAGCUGGUCUGAACUCCAUACUCUUUGCCAUUAACAUUGACAACAAGGAUUUGAAUGGGCAGAGCAAAUUCGCUCCCACUGUCUCUGACCUCUUAAAGGAGUCAACACAGAAUAUGACCUCUUUGCUGAAGGAGUCUACGCAGGGCAUGAGUAGCCUUCUCAGGGAGAUCACAGCGUCCUCUGCUGUCUCCAUUCUCAUCAAACCAGAGCAGGAAACUGACCCUCUGCCUGUCAUAUCCAAGAACGUCCAUGUUGAUGCCCGAUGUAAAAGGGAGCGGAGGAGGAGGAAGAAGGUGACCAACAUUGUGUCUUUUGAUGAUGACGAUGAGGAGCAGGGCGCUGGGGACACUUUAAAAAAGAUGCCUGGGACUGCAGAGAGUUCGGAGGAGAACUCUGACCGAUCCUCUGUCAACAUCAUGGCAGCCUUUGAAGGCCCCUUUGGGCCAAAUUCCAACGGGAGCCAGAGCAGCAGCUCAUGGAAAAUGGAUUCUGCGUCUUUGAACGGGGAGCUGGGCUACCAGAAGCUUGAUGUGAAGAGCAUUGAUGACGAUGUGGAUGAGAGCGAGGAGGCUGUGUACAGGAACCCGUUAGGAAGGGGACACACGGGCCACAAGGAGUCGCCAGACAGGACACUGGAUGGGAAUGCCAGCCUCCCCCAGGUACAUGGCUGGGCCCCACUGCAGGUGCUUCAUGGAGAUGCUGAUGCUGACACUGACAUCCUCUUCCCCGUCAGUGGAGUGGGCUCCUAUGGUACAGCAGAUGCCCCUGUGGGAAGUCUGGAGAACGGAACAGGGACAGAGGACCACAUACUUCCAGAGCCUGGCCUUCGGUACAGGGAAGCUGGCUCUCCCGGCCGAGGAAGUCCUUUGAGCAGCUUGUUACCUUCUGCCUCAGUGCCUGAGUCCAUGACAGUCCAUGAACUGCGCCAAGCCAUCGUGGCCAUGAUGAACAGAAAGGAUGAACUGGAAGAAGAGAACGGGUCACUGCGCAAUCUCCUUGACGGUGAGAUGGAGCACUCAGCGGCACUCCGGCAAGAGGUGGAUGCCCUGAGGAGGAAGGUGACAGAGCAGCAAGAGCGCCAUGCCACAAAGGUCCAGGCGCUGGCCAGAGAAAACGAGGUGCUCAAAGUCCAGCUGAAGAAAUAUGUAGGAGCUGUCCAGAUGCUGAAAAGAGAAGGUCAAACCGCCGAAGUUGUACCCAGUCUUUGGAACGUUGAUGCAGAAGUCACAGUCCCUGAACAGAAGCCUGGGGAAGUUGCCGAGGAACUAGCAAGCUCCUAUGAGAGGAAGCUCAUUGAGGUAGCCGAGAUGCAUGGAGAGCUGAUUGAGUUCAACGAGCGUCUACACAGGGCCCUGGUGGCCAAGGAAGCCCUGGUGUCCCAAAUGAGGCAGGAACUGAUUGACCUCCGAGGCCCGGUGCCUGGAGACUUGAGCCAAACAUCCGAAGACCAGAGCUUGUCGGAUUUUGAAAUAUCAAAUCGGGCACUGAUCAAUGUCUGGAUCCCCUCUGUGUUUCUCCGAGGCAAAGCAGCCAACGCGUACCACGUGUAUCAGGUCUACAUUCGCAUAAAAGACGACGAGUGGAAUGUGUAUCGUCGGUACACUGAGUUCCGGGGGCUGCACCACCAGCUGCAGAGUGCUUUCCCACAAGUAAGGGCCUACAGUUUCCCACCCAAAAAGGCCAUCGGAAACAAGGAUGCCAAGUUUGUGGAAGAGCGACGAAAGCAACUCCAGAGUUACCUACGCAGCGUCAUGAACAAGGUCAUUCAGAUGGUGCCUGAGUUUGCUGCCAACCCCAAGAAGGAGACCCUGGUGCAGCUGGUGCCUUUCUUCGUGGACAUCACCCCACCGGGAGAACCGCUGAACAAGAGCGGCAGGCCCAAAGUCGUUUCCCGCUUCCCUAAGCUGUCCCGAGGCCAUCCCAGGGAGGUGCGCAACGUGGAACCUCAAAGCGGUGACCUCUGACCCCGGUGGACUCUCCGCCCCCAGCCACUUUGUGCUUAACCUUGGCAUGGCAGCUGGCCCUGGACACCUUGGCAGGAUGACCCUGUCCCCACAGAGAACACCCUUCCUGCUGCUGCUGCUGCUGCUGCCACACGCCACCCAAUUAAACUGGUCAGUUUUAGCUGCCGGGUCUCUGUCCUUAGAGCAAGCCAUUGCUCACUGGACAGACACAGAUGGGGACACUGUUACUACCCCCAGGGGGGCCAGGUAUGGUUGUCACCCCUCCAGUCCUGCCAGCAGGACAGUGGGGGCCAGGCUGGGCCCAGACCCCUGGCUGAAAUCACAACACAUGGCAGAUGGAUCCUUCAGAUGCCACCCAUGACGCUUUCCCAUGCGGGAACUAGAAUGACUGUUACACUCUUGAAUUUCCUGAUGCAACUGCCUGCUGCAGUCUGUGGAUGGGGUCUCCUUCCCUGUCCUCCUCCCGCUCUGGUGGUUAGACACCCAGCAGUACUGUCACGUGGCUGGCAUGGAUGUGAUUCCUCCAUCUAGUGGCCUAGCAAAGGCAUUGGCAGUGACUGGUCCUUGAGGAACUGUCCUUCCCCCAUCCACACAGGACACCUGAGACUGCCGGAGCAGGGACACUAAUCGGACCUGAGGGCUCUAACCGCCAGCACAGCCCUCAGCAGCAGCCCGAAUACUCGGGCCCGAGAAUUGGCGCUGUGACCUCAUGCCACAAGAGAUUGGCUCUGGUCAUUACUGUGGAAGGUUGGCCCUAUGGGCUCUCAGACCCAGUGCCCGAACUGAAAAGAGAAUGAUUGUCCCCGAACGUGUUAGCACCAACGGUCCCCUGACAGCUCAGCGGGAGCAGCAUGCUGUGUCCCCACAAGAUGAAGUUCUAUUGUCUCAGGGUCCCAUCCUAGUCCAGGGCUCACAGGCAUGAAGUGGAAUGAGAUCCGAUGCUUCACAGCUCUGCCUCCCUCUGCCUUCAAGCCUGGGUCCCCCUGAUUCUCAGAAGCCACUGUCAGCGAUGGUCUGUGUUCCUAGGUCAGAACCUCCUUGCCGUCUUCAUACAGCUUGGAGGAGCUUGCCGAAGAGACCGUGUACCAAGCAGUGUGCCAAUGAAGGAGCCCACAGUGGCGUCUACCAAGGGGCGACUUCUUAGGCGGUGGCGGGAGGCAGCCUGAGCAUGAACUCGAAGGGCUGAAGCUCAGAGGCAGACUUCGGCGAACAGUCUGUGGAAGCAGAGUCUUUCUGGUACCUUGGAAAGCUUGGGGAAGGUCCCUGAGAAGCCAGAAGGGACUUCAGAGUGCAGGAGAGGCCUGAACAGCUCCAACUCUGGAGGGCUCCUUGGGGCAGACAAGUGGGCUGUGCACAGACGAGGGAGAGCACACCGGCCUUCCCUCGAGGCUAGGCCCAGGAGCUGGGGGGCUGGGGGAGGGGGGACAGGGCUGCCCUCUUCAGUUUGUUGGGAAGGGAGGACCCAAGAGUCUUCUCAGCCCUAGAAAGUCAACAUGGGUCAUCCCUUGUCUGCCUGCGAUGCUUCAGGCUCCACACAGACACCACACCCAGCGUGUGGGUUGGGCAUGCGGUUUGCAGUUGGGCAAACUGAAGCAUGUAUAAAGGCCUUAGGAGGUUUUGGCAUCCCCAAGUCCACCCCCUGAGCUGAGGGACCCAGCAUGGAGAUGCUUCGUAUUCUAUCGUGUUCUAUACAGACAGGAUCCUGCUACGCUCCCACCUCUUCCACAGCAGAGUCUGAGCACCAGGUCUUUGGGGCACACGGCCUAAGGCUCUCUCACUGCAAACAGGACACACAGAGUCAUCUUUCACAUUCAGUACUGCAGUUAAAGCAGGGAGGGAGAGAAGGAAGGAAGGAAGGAGAGAAGGCAGGCAGACACCCGGACCUGAGGCCUUGGUUUUCCAGGAUUAGUUAUGGGGACCACGCCCUACUUUGCCAUAAUGUGAAUACAAAGGCUCGGUUCCAGGGACUUGGUAGGGCCCUUUGGUUACUUGACAUUUGCUUCCUACUCAGUCCUUUUCCCCAACUUGGGGGUUGACACCAUGGCCUUUGCAAGUGCUAGACAAAAGCUCUCCACUGAGCCACACUCUAGGCCUGCCCACACCCUGUCUCCACAGAAACUCAGCAGCUCUUGGUUCCAGGCUGUCUGUCUUAUACCUCACAAGCACAUCCUGGGACUCAGGCAGAGAGCAGGACAGGGUGGACUCAGGUGAUGGAAGGCUGUUCCCACAAUGCUCCCCAGGUCUGAGGCCCCGAGUCCAGAGAGGAGUGCAGAGCCGUGCUCACCCAGUGUGAUACAACCUCAGCUCUUCAGGAGACCGCUUCCUAAUCCUCACCCUGACUGUGGCCUUGGCAUUCU